CAGGUCACCAUUGGCUACUGCCUUUAAAUUCACUAGCCCCUUUACUCUGAAAUCCCUUCCCUAAAUCACUCUCCCUUUCUGUUCUCACGUUAAAUAUCAUGCCUCUGACUAAUCUCUUGCUCAUCCGUUCUAAGUUCUUCAGGAGGCUCAACAACAAACUUUGUUUGAAAUUGCUGCUGCAGAGUGCCCCAGUAAUACUGUGGUGAUGAAGGCUCUAUGAAAAACAAGGCAUUAGUGGUUAUGAAUAUUAGAGAAAGAGCAACAUUUGAAGUCAUAAAUGGACUAAGGCUUGGUUGAUGGGUUUUCAAUGUAGGAGUAACCAAUGGGAUAUUGAGAGACAACCUUUUAUAAGAUGAUUCCAUGGCUGUUUAUGUGGUGAAGAGUGCUUAAUUGAGGGCCCUGAUUGUCUCUCUCGUAAUGCUAUCUUCUGAAAUGUGGUAUUAUUAUUUACCACAUGUUUUUCUGAUACUUUUUAUUCCUUCACAGUUGCUAAAAUUGAGCUUCCAAGGACAAAUUGCAAGUUGAACGAAAACUAGGUUUCAGCAACAUUACAAUAGGGUCAAAGUGGGUCUAACGUGGUGGAAACGCUGGAGUGCAGGAGAUCUCACUGACAUUUGCCUGCACUGCUGUUUCCAUGAGAAAAUUGGCCCCUGCAUGUUUUGCCUAUUCAUCAUGUACUUCCGUUCUCUCAGCAGGCUGGCUGUCUCAGAAGAUAGUUCCAGACCUGCAUCCUGAGUUUACUAGGAAGCUUAAUUGACAAAAGGCAAAGACUAUAGUGAAAUCUAGGGGUCCAGAUGAUGCACGCCCAGAUUUACUGAAGAAGUCUUGAGGAGGUAGGUGCUCCAUGAAGGGGGGUAAUGGGCAGCUUCCUCGAAAGAAAUUCCAGAGCAACCAUUGAAAACCUGAGGAAACCUGUCAAGAUAAGGUUGAAGACGUGGGCUCCACCAAUAACUCUUGCGGCAAUGGUGCUGGAGCGGACAGUGAGCAAGUCCUCCGGACAAGACCCAGCAUGAAUGGACAAUGGAGACACACAGCCGAAGAGGGAUCACUACAUCUGCAAGGACAGGGAAAGCCAAGAUACGUUGUGAAGAACUAUUUCUUUUACUACUUGUUCCGAUUUGCUGCUGCCUUGGGUCAGGAGAUCUUUUACAUCACUUUCCUCCCAUCCACCUACUGGAAUUUUGACCCCUAUGUUACCAGGAGGCUGGUUGGUGUGUGGGCAAUCGUUAUGUAUUUGGGUCAGGCUUCCAAAGAUAUCAUCAAGUGGCCACGUCCAUUAUCCCCGCCCGUUGUAAAGUUGGAGACGAGAGUCGACGCGGAGUAUGGAAUGCCAUCAACCCAUGCCAUGGCUGCCACUGCCAUCUCCUUCACGUUCCUCCUUGCCACAAUGUACAGAUACAAGUAUUCAUUUGCGUUGGGACUAAUGGCGUCUGUACUGAUGUCUACUCUGGUUUCAUUGAGUAGGCUCUACACUGGAAUGCACACUGUUCUGGAUGUAAUCUGUGGAAUUCUUCUUACUGCGGUCCUGAUGGGCUUGACGUACCCGUUCUGGAACAUUCUCGAUGACCUCCAGUUAACCAGCCCCCUAACUCCACUCAUUGCAGUAGUUUUGCCUUUUCUCAUGAGCUAUAAUUACCCAGCGUUGGAUCACUACAGCCCAACCAGGGGAGACACCACCAUAAUCCUGGCUGUGGCUUCUGGAUGUACUGUUGGAUUUUGGAUGAACUACCAGUACGGUCAAACGUACGAGCCUACAGGACCUCUCCCAUUUGAAGUACCUUCUAUAACUCCACAAGUUGCAUUGAUGGCCAUCGCCCGCUUUCUCGUGGGAAUUAGUAUCCUCGUUGCCACUCGCUUAAUUGUCAAAACCAUUUCGCUCAAAGUAGUAUGUGCUUGGUUUCAUGUUCCAGAUGAUAUGGAAGCCAGGAAGAGAUUGGAGAUCGAAGUGCCCUACAAAUUUGCAACAUAUUCUUCCAUUGGCUUUGUUGCAACAGCAAUAGUGCCCUUGCUGCAUCAAUACCUCAAACUCUUGUGAGGAUUUGAGAUUGAAUGAUUCCCGUGCAAAUUUCUAGUCUGAGAUGCAUCCCAUGUGUUGAUGAGGACUUCCUGUAAAGAAAUCUCCUGCAAAUACUAUUAUGACUCAACCUGUUUAAACAAUUUUGGAAGACGCAGUUGAUUCUUUAAUUUCGUAGAAUUGUUGCAAGCCCAAAGCUCCAUGACAGUAGCAACAGAAGUAGAUGGAGUGGUAAAGAAGGUAUUCUGCAUACAUCAUCAGUUGUGAUGUGGAGUCUAAAAGUUGGGAAAGUCAUGUUACUGCUCUAUAAAAUGUUGGUGAGGUCGAAUUAAAGGUCAUUAGGUCAUAAGUGAAGGA